CAAAAAAUUGUAAAAUUUAGUUAUAUAGUAUUUCAGAGAGUAGAAAAACCAGUAAUUGCGAACUACUUGAAAAACAAAAACCUAAAUCUCGUUACAACAUGGAUAAUAGUGCCCUUACAAUACGCAUAGAAAACCUAAGAUUUUGGAAAUCUAACAACUGGGUAAAAUACAGCACCAAAAACAUGUGUGACUCAUUUUUAAGAUUACACUUUGAUCAACUUUUGAUUACCACCGAGAAUAAAGUGUUGGAAUCAAUAAACCUGAGUUCUAAAAUAAAAGGUGUUUUUAAACAAGAUUGUAUCAUACUUAUUGUACUUACAGUUGGUGGUGAGACCCGUAAAAUAAAGUUUCAAAUAAAAGACAACUUCGAGCAAAAUCUUAAAGAAUUAGCCAAAAAGUUUCCACUACUUGCUUACAAUAACAUUUCGUCGAACUGCAAUACCUCAGCUAAUGUUAAGUUUCAAAGCACAGAAGAAGUUCUAAAGGGACUACUAGAUAAAGAAGUGUCUCUACCGCUGCUACCAGCAUCGCCAGAUCUGGAUCACCUGCUGAAACUCUGUAUUCUCGAUCCACUGUUCCCACAAACCGUCAUGAAAAUCCAAAGCGCCAUUGAGAAAAAAAUGACUCAGUGAUUAGGAAUUGUUCAUAUUA